AUGGCACAUAUCCUCGAGAAUGUCACCCUUGGCACCAUCGUUGCUCGGCUGAGUCUCAAUGAGGAGCAAAAAAGACAGACGCGAUUUGAUGCACUUUCUCUGUUCUCUUUGACACCUAGUGGUGUUCUGUCGACCGCUGGUCAUCUACUUCCUGGUGUCGUUCACAAUCUCGUCGUCGUCGCCUACGAUGGAGGUGUUCCUUCCCUGGAGACGACGGCCAUUGUCACAGUAACGGUCCAAGGGACUUCCUUGACGGCUCCUGCUAUAGAUAUUAUCUGGUUGACAGAGACCGCUAUGGCACAUAUCCUCGAGAAUGUCACCCUUGGCACCAUCGUUGCUCGGCUGAGUCUCAAUGAGGAGCAAAAAGACAGUGUUGUCAGUCUUUCUGGAUGCCCAUCGCUAUGCCUGCGUCAGAGCCAGUCGCCAUCGGUCUAUCUGCUGUUGGCAUGUGGUUUGUUUGAUCGUGAAACGUCACCAGAAUAUCAUCUCAAGUUCAGUCUCCGUCGAGGAUCAGAACUAGUGCUGGAGCAUCCAGUGCUUCUCACAAUAGGUUAG